GGGGCUUGAAUUCCCGCCUUCUGUUAGCGAGGGGGUGGGGCGGUGGCUGUGGCCGCUUUACGACACGCGAAAGAGGCCUGCGCUUUACGGCAGGAGUCGGGAGCGGGGGAAGGAGAACGAGGAAAAGGGCACAGGAGCAAGCGAGGGUCGUCCGCUUUCGUCUCCCCCUCGGCGGGGGCGAGCGAAACCAUGGCUAGUACCAUGAUAGCAGUCGGUCUGACAAUAGCUGCUGCUGGAUAUGCAGGUCGUUAUGCAUUACAGGCAAUGAAGCAAAUGGAACCGCAAGUGAAGCAAGCGCUGCAGUCUCUGCCAAAAUCUGCCUUCGGUGGUUAUUACAGAGGAGGAUUUGAACCCAAAAUGACCAAGAGGGAAGCUGCUUUAAUAUUAGGAGUCAGCAGUCCUACAGCUAAUAAAGGAAAAAUCAGAGAAGCUCACAGACGAAUCAUGCUUUUGAAUCACCCUGAUAAAGGUGGAUCUCCAUAUAUUGCAGCCAAAAUCAACGAAGCUAAAGACUUGCUGGAAGGUCAAGCUAAGAAAUGAACACCUUAUCUAUAGAACUGAUCAGCUUGACAAACGAUGGUAUGAAAUCUGCCAUGAGGAACUACUUAAUUUCUUAUCUUCUCAGAACUGGAUCUAAAACCACUUUUGCUCAAGAGAUUCGGAGGGGGGGGGACCUCUGGAAUUUGAUAUAUCCAGACAUACGCCCAUGCAGUCCCCCCCAAAGAAGCUUUCUGAAGUUUUGGACCUACUGAAGGUUAAACAGAUGCUGAUAUCUGAAGCUCAUGCUGCUAUGGUUUGAGAUGUCAUAUAAGAUAAUAGUGAUCUGUGAAUCUGGGUUGAAAUAACCCGAGACCUAUCAUGUCCUGGUUCUUCAGGAAUAAAGUGUAUUAAAUCUUUAUAUUCUUAUACUGAUAAAA